GUUUUCAACUGGGCGCUGAAGAAGAUUUGUUUUGAUUGCCAUCUACUGUCGUCGCUAUCGUCGCUGUCGCCGUCUGCGACGCUUCGCUCGGGAUGUUACUUGUGACCACGCGCGAUUGCCUGCACGCACCAAGCUGCUGCCUUCACCUCAACGCCUUCGCGCGUGUGUUUUUUGGUAUCAUGCUCAGCGGCUUGCCCGGCGCAGUCGCCGUCGCCGUCGCGAAACGCCCGUCCUAUUAUUUUGGCAUACGUCCCCAGCCCACGCUCAAAAUGCUCGUCGCAAAGGAGUGAUUCGCAAUGUUUUACACGCCGUAGCUUCUGGUUCGGUCUCAUAUGUAGUUGCUAUACCGUUAGUUCUUGCAUUGAGUAUAUCAUUGUUGUUUGCAGACCGACUGUCUCAUGGUCAUGGUAAAUACGCCGAUGGUCAAGGCCAGUGGCACGCUCGGUGAGAAAGAGAGUGAAGAAGUCAAGGUUAUCGAGCUUCUUGUUUCCCAGCCACGUGUACGCGACAUGAUCUUUUUCGCGGCGAGGAAUCCUUGUCCUGCUACGUGUCUGUCGUGAAAAGGCUACAGAAGGCCCAUCUCACGCUACACCCUCGGUUCAUUGGAAGACAUAUUUACCUUUCCAGCGGCAGAUCUUUCGGGCGAGGGGGUCGGGUCAGAUCGACUGUGCCCUCACCAUACAAAUCAAGUCGCCUCGCUGCAGACCCAACUUAUAGUCGUGGUGAGUAUUGACAAUGUCAUCUACACUUGGUCAAAAAGUUAAUCCAAUAGGAGUGUCGCUGUCAAAAACAGGUGACUGCGUUGAUCUUGCAGUAUGACUCCUUCCCUGACAUGGUCCUUCAAAUGCUGGUGAGUUGAAACAAGCCAAG